GCCCUGACUCCAACCAUGACCGAGACCAAGCACACUCAUUUGCCACGGAGCUGCAAGGAAGUUCUGAAGAAGAAUCCUGGAGCCGAAGAUGGCCUGUACUUACUCCGCACUGAGCAAGGGCUCGUCUACCAGACCUUCUGUGACAUGACUGUGGACGGCGGUGGCUGGACGCUGGUGGCCAGUGUGCACGAGAACAACAUGGCUGGGAGGUGCACGGCAGGGGACCGCUGGUCCAGCCAGCAGGGCAACCGAGAAGACACCCCCAAGGGGGAUGACACCUGGGCCAACUACAACACUUUUGGGUCUGCAGAGGCGGCCACCAGCGACGACUACAAGAAUCCCGGCUACUAUGACAUCCAGGCGGGGGACCUGGCCAUCUGGCAUGUCCCCAACAAGACCCCUCUGAGUUCCUGGAGGAGCAGGUCUCUACUGAGGUACUACACCUCGUCAGGCUUCUUCAAGAAAUUCGGUGACAAUCUGUUUGGCCUCUACCAGAAAUAUCCCGUCCAGUACAACAUCGGCAGGUGUUGGCACGACAACGGCCCCGCCAUUCCCGUGGACUAUGACUAUGGGAGUCCCCAGAAAACCGCCUCCUACUACUCCCCUGCCGGUCAAAAUGAAUUUGAUGCUGGAUUUAUCCAAUUCCGGGUGUUUAAUAACGAGAGAGCAGCCAACGCACUGUGUCCGGGGAUGAGAGUUACCGGAUGCAACACGGAACAUCACUGCAUCGGAGGAGGGGGCUUCUUCCCGGAGUCCAACCCCAAUCAGUGUGGGGACUUCUCAGCGUAUGAUGCAGAUGGUUACGGAACACAGGAAUAUUUCAGCAACAGCAAGGCCAUCACCGAGGCGACGGUGCUGCUCUUCUACCGCUGACGGUGUCCA